AGGCAGCGUCGGCCCAGGCGGCGGGCGGCGAGCAAGCCAGCGCGCGGUGAUGUCAGUGGCGGCCCGGCUGGCAGCAGCCGGUACUUCCUGUGGAAAGGCGGGCGGGCUCGGCUGCAAACCCCACUAGCCAGUGUCAGCCUCUCGGCGGGAGGAGGUGGCGGCGGAGGAGGAGCAGGGGGAGGGCUGUCAAAUUCGGGAGCCAGAUUUUUUUCCCUUCCCCUGGCAAUUCCUUCCGCUUCCCCGGCUCCCGGCGUGACAUCUGCGGGCCGGGGACCUGCAUGUGUGUGCGCGCGAAGGAGCGGAAGAAUGGCAGUGCUCAAACUCACCGACCAGCCACCAUUGGUCCAGGCAAUCUUCAGCGGUGAUCCAGAGGAGAUCCGGAUGCUCAUCCAUAAAACUGAAGAUGUGAAUACUCUGGAUUCUGAGAAACGAACCCCUCUUCAUGUGGCCGCAUUUCUGGGAGAUGCAGAGAUCAUUGAACUCCUGAUUUUGUCAGGAGCUCGUGUAAAUGCCAAGGACAACAUGUGGCUGACUCCACUGCACCGGGCUGUUGCUUCCAGAAGCGAAGAAGCAGUACAGGUUUUGAUUAAGCACUCAGCUGAUGUCAAUGCAAGGGACAAGAACUGGCAGACCCCUCUUCAUGUGGCAGCAGCCAACAAGGCUGUCAAAUGUGCAGAAGUGAUCAUUCCCCUGCUGAGCAGUGUCAAUGUCUCCGACCGAGGGGGGCGCACAGCCUUGCACCAUGCGGCUUUGAACGGCCACGUGGAGAUGGUCAAUUUACUCUUGGCCAAAGGGGCAAAUAUCAAUGCAUUUGACAAGAAGGACCGGCGUGCUCUGCACUGGGCAGCAUACAUGGGCCACCUGGAUGUUGUGGCAUUGCUCAUUAACCAUGGCGCAGAAGUGACCUGUAAGGAUAAGAAGGGUUAUACCCCUCUGCAUGCUGCAGCCUCCAAUGGACAGAUCAAUGUUGUCAAGCAUCUCCUGAACCUGGGGGUGGAGAUUGAUGAAAUCAAUGUCUAUGGAAAUACAGCGCUUCACAUCGCCUGCUACAAUGGACAGGAUGCUGUGGUUAACGAGUUGAUUGACUACGGUGCUAACGUGAACCAGCCAAACAAUAAUGGGUUCACCCCUUUGCAUUUUGCUGCUGCCUCCACUCAUGGUGCUUUGUGUCUUGAAUUGUUAGUAAACAACGGGGCAGAUGUUAACAUUCAGAGUAAAGAUGGCAAAAGUCCCCUGCACAUGACAGCUGUCCAUGGAAGGUUCACACGGUCACAGACCCUCAUUCAGAAUGGAGGUGAAAUUGACUGUGUGGAUAAGGAUGGCAACACUCCUCUCCAUGUGGCUGCAAGAUACGGUCAUGAGCUUUUGAUUAACACCUUAAUAACCAGCGGAGCUGACACAGCCAAGUGUGGAAUCCAUAGCAUGUUCCCUUUACAUUUAGCUGCCCUAAAUGCUCACUCUGACUGCUGCAGAAAGUUGUUAUCAUCAGGACAAAAGUAUAGCAUAGUAUCCUUGUUUAGUAAUGAGCACGUGCUGUCUGCAGGCUUUGAAAUAGACACCCCAGAUAAAUUUGGAAGAACGUGCCUUCAUGCUGCUGCUGCAGGAGGUAAUGUGGAAUGUAUAAAACUCUUGCAAAGCAGCGGAGCAGAUUUCCAUAAAAAGGACAAGUGUGGGAGGACCCCUUUGCACUAUGCAGCUGCGAAUUGUCAUUUCCACUGUAUUGAGACAUUAGUGACCACAGGGGCCAACGUUAAUGAAACUGAUGACUGGGGACGCACAGCUUUGCAUUAUGCCGCUGCAUCAGACAUGGAUAGAAAUAAGACUAUCUUAGGAAAUGCCCAUGAAAAUUCAGAAGAACUUGAAAGAGCCAGGGAGCUGAAGGAAAAGGAAGCCACACUAUGUCUAGAGUUUCUGCUUCAAAAUGAUGCAAAUCCAUCUAUCCGGGACAAGGAAGGUUACAAUAGCAUACAUUAUGCUGCUGCCUAUGGGCACAGGCAAUGUCUGGAAUUGCUUUUGGAAAGAACAAACAGUGGGUUUGAAGAAUCAGAUUCUGGUGCUACUAAGAGUCCACUCCACUUAGCUGCCUACAAUGGGCACCAUCAAGCCUUGGAAGUCCUUCUGCAGUCGCUGGUGGACCUGGACAUCAGGGAUGAGAAAGGCCGCACUGCUCUGGAUCUGGCUGCCUUUAAAGGACACACAGAAUGUGUGGAAGCACUUAUCAAUCAGGGCGCGUCCAUCUUUGUGAAAGACAAUGUAACCAAAAGAACCCCACUUCAUGCCUCAGUAAUUAAUGGUCACACACUGUGUUUACGGCUGUUGCUGGAAAUUGCAGACAACCCGGAGGCAGUCGAUGUGAAAGAUGCCAAAGGACAAACACCACUGAUGCUUGCAGUAGCAUAUGGACAUAUUGAUGCUGUUUCGUUGUUACUUGAAAAGGAAGCCAACGUAGACACUGUUGACAUCCUAGGAUGCACAGCUUUACACAGAGGGAUUAUGACAGGACACGAGGAAUGUGUGCAAAUGCUGCUGGAACAAGAAGUGUCAAUUCUCUGUAAAGAUUCCAGAGGGAGGACGCCCUUGCACUAUGCAGCUGCUCGUGGCCACGCCACGUGGCUGAGCGAGCUGCUCCAAAUGGCUCUUUCUGAGGAGGACUGUUGUUUCAAAGAUAACCAAGGCUACACGCCACUGCACUGGGCUUGUUACAAUGGUAAUGAAAACUGUAUAGAAGUACUUUUGGAGCAAAAAUGUUUUCGUAAAUUUAUCGGUAAUCCCUUUACUCCACUGCACUGUGCAAUAAUCAAUGAUCAUGGGAAUUGUGCAUCAUUGCUGCUUGGGGCCAUAGAUUCCAGUAUCGUCAGUUGUAGAGAUGACAAAGGCAGGACACCCCUUCAUGCGGCAGCGUUUGCUGAUCAUGUGGAGUGCCUGCAGCUUCUUCUGAGUCACAGUGCUCCAGUGAACGCAGUAGACAAUUCAGGGAAAACAGCACUGAUGAUGGCUGCUGAGAACGGGCAGGCAGGCGCUGUGGAUAUUUUGGUGAACAGUGCCCAGGCUGAUCUGACUGUAAAGGAUAAGGACUUGAAUACAUCCUUACAUUUGGCUUGUAGUAAAGGUCAUGAAAAAUGUGCCUUGUUAAUACUUGACAAGAUACAAGACGAGAGCCUUAUUAAUGCAAAAAAUAAUGCACUGCAGACACCCCUCCACGUUGCUGCACGCAAUGGCUUGAAGGUGGUAGUUGAGGAGUUGCUGGCCAAAGGGGCCUGUGUACUUGCUGUAGAUGAAAAUGGUCAUACCCCGGCCCUGGCUUGCGCUCCUAACAAAGACGUGGCUGACUGCCUGGCCCUCAUUUUGGCUACCAUGAUGCCUUUUUCUCCUUCCAGUACAAUGACGGCUGUCAACUUCGUUUGUUUAAAAAAAGACAAUUUGAGCAGGACGACCCUCUCCAAUCUGGGUAGCAUGGUUAGCCUGUGCAGUAACAACGUAGGCUCGGAGGAUGGGUACAAUGAAAAUGAUUCUGAUUCGGAAACGUUUUGACUUUGGACUGUAGAAGCUUUCCUUUGAUCACCUGUGUUGGAGGAAAGGAAAGAAGCUUGAAUUCCAGGUUUAUGUGUGUUCAAGUAUUAUUUGGGGCCUGGGCUUCCAGAAGCUAGUAGAGAAGGAAUUAAUCGAGGCGGGCAGUGAGGCUGUUGGGUGGAACACUCACACAGAUGGCCCCAGUUUUGUUUUGUUUCACAUCUUCUUUAAGAUACUUCUAUGGAAGUCUACCUCUCAUUUUAAGUAAAGAAUAAAAGAUGUAUUUAAUUCCUGUUCUUUGGGGAUAAUGCAACAGAGAGGCAGCUGUUCGCUAUGAAUAAUUUUUCUUUUCAUGUAUUUAGCAGUGAAUUCUCAGAAAUAUAUCAGUGUGACAUUCAUGUCCCCUGGGAGGGAAGGGAAGAGGCAGAUAGGAAAUGCCUCAAACCUCUUCUCACUUUGAUGUUUACUUCCUCACUAGAAGCCAAAGGUAAAGGUGUUCAUCUUUAGAAAUAAUGCCUGUAAUAAUCUCUUUAGAGAGUCCAACUAUUUAUAUCCUCUCUAUAGUAAGCAUUUAAAUAUCCAGAACUUCUUUCUGAGGAUCUCUGUUAAAGUUGCCAGAUGAAUUGAAAAAUUGAACUUGCGUUUUUUGUUUAACACAGUGUUCUCUAUAACAAGCCUGUGACUAAUUUUCACUUAAGUGAUUGAACCGAAAUUUAUCUAAUAACAUUUCAGGUGAAAUUUACAUUGCACCAAAACUUUGACACAAUAUGCAAAAUUAAUAUGAAACUACCCUUUGUUAAUUUACUCUUAAAUCAAAAUACUAACUUUUAAAAACCAUGAGAAUCAUCAGCAUUGUUCAUCAGUAGUAAAAUGAACUUCCAAGUCAAGGCCAUGCCAAGUGAGUGAAAAGUGUGACUGCAAAAAGGAACAAAAAAAGUGAAAGCAGAAAGUAGAAGUGGGUGAUUUAGCAAGUAAAGCCGAUUGCCAGUUGCUUGAUGAUGAAAUCAACAUAGUGAAUACUGUGUCUGCUCCCUCUGCCAAAGCUUCUAGGUCAAACGGACCCCGUUCCACACCUGGAACCGCUGUACAAAAAGAAGAAUGAGACUCUUUAAAAAUUAUGCAUUUAAAAAUAUAUGUGUGUGUGUGUAGUUCAUCAGCCAGCUACACAUGAGGACCAAAAUGCUUCAGUCUAAAAUGGAAGAUAUACAUUUUUUUCCUUCAAAAUGCAAGUGAGAACUGAAGUAGCUUUUUUAUGGAGUUAAAAUGUAAUCUUUUUGUGUACCAGUCUUUGUUGUAUUUUAUAUUUCUUAUGACACAGAUUUCUAGUUGACCACUUAACAUUUGUAGCUGAUGAUGUGUUGACCAUGUUUUUUUUUUUUUUGCCAAACUAGAGAAAAUGUCCAUAUACUUUUGAUGUAAAUGUGUUUAUAUUUAUUUGAAAUGAAGCAAUUAGUGAGGAACCAUCCAUUAUUUGUUCUCUAUUUUAAUUGCUAUGUAUCUUAUUUAGAAUAACAAAAACAGUGAAAAAACACACUUGACCCUGGGCUAGCCAAAAGCCCAAGGGCCACACCCAGCAUUUCCACUGCUAGGGUUUCCAGCUGACCCUCAGCGCUGGUUAGAGAGGGCUAUGCAUCUUCUAUUGCUCAGCCACAGUCCGUAAAGCUUAGAGCUUAGAAGACAUUGCAGUCUGGAUGCUCUUCUGCGAGAUGAAAACUCAAAUGUGUAGUGGAUCAUAUACACAAAGGCAGCCCAAAGAAAUAUCUAGAAAUUACCCUAAGUACACUGAAAAGCUCACAUAGUCUCAGUAACCUGAUGGGAAAUGAUGGCAGUAUGUGGGCACAUGUGCUAAAAGGAGAAAUAAAAAUCACCAGCUCAAGUGCUAUUUUCUACUUGAGGACGAGACAGAAAAGAAAUGUGUCGAAUUGGAGAAGUACUCUCUGACAUUUUAUAAUGAGUUCCAUUUCCACCCUGGAAAUUGUAUUUUAUAGUGUAUGUGAGAUAUUUUUAAAAUAAUGUUCUAUCAUAUCUGGAUCAAAGACAGAUAACUGUAUUAUAUUUUUCAUCUAACUGUAAAACUUUAAUCUUAUUCUUCAUAUCCUGGAUUUGAUUAAAACUCCUGUUGGGUUCUUCACAAAUGAGAGCUUGCUCAGAGGACUGAUUGAACUGGUAUUAAUUUCCCUGAAAAUUUCCCACACCACCACCACUGUUUUUGAAUUCUUGGUGUUGUGCUUCCCACCUUCUGUCCUUUUCGUUUGUUUAGAGAAGAUGAAUUUUUAAAAAGCAGAUAAAUUGCUAAUGAGCAAUAAUGACCUUCUCUUUACUAAAACACUGAAAAUUAAGAGAGAUUCAAUGUUGAAGAAGCACAAUAUACUGCGGUGUCUUUUUCUAGAAGUGAAUGGAAAUCUUGCUCAGUUGGCAUUUCAAGCAGGAAAUGAAAUGCUUGCUUUAAUGGCAAAGCAGCGUUAACAUUUUUCCUGUUGUGUAGCAGAGAGUACAAGAAUCAUUUCAGCAAAGCAGUGACUCACCAUGAGACGUUAUCUCCAUGGAGCUGCGUUUUGACUUUUCCCCACUCUCUUACUCAUAGAAGGAGGACAAAGGAACGAAAUGAAAUCAUGCUCACAAUGAACUGUUCAUUACAUCAACUGAUAUCUCUCUCUCUCUCCUCCUCUUUCUCCCAUACCCCAAGACUAAAUUUUUUUUUAAAGAAAUGACUUUAAAAACUAUCAUUUCUGUAUUUUAAUUACAUCCCUUAGAAAUAAAAUUAUGUUUGCACCAUAGCUUUCUAAGGGAAAAAAAAAAAUGUGUUUUUAACUGAGUCUUAGUUGCUUAGUGCUUUUACUGAAGUGUGUUAUUUUUAGACUGUAUUUUAACCACAGCCACAAGGAUCAUGUUUCAUUGCACUUACUUAUUUGCCAGUGUCUGCCUGUCUUUGGUAAAUGCAUUACUAUCUCCAAAUUGCCUAAAAUCUGCUAUGAUUCUACAGUAAAUAGCUCAGGGUAUUUCUAUUUAUCACUACUAAAAGGGCACUAUAGUAUGUUUUGGUACUUUAGGCAGUAAACACUGCUUGGUUUAUCAUUUUGUUAUUACAUUACAACAAGAACAUCAAAUGGAUUUGCUGCACUAGUUAUUCUUUGUACUGUUGAGCAACUUGGUGUGCUUAUAUGUUGUGUUGGUUGAAAAACUCAUCCCUUUUUUUGUCUUGUAAUAUGAAGUUAGAGUGCCUUUUUAUAUUUGUAUAUUCUAGAAAUGUUCCGUGGAAUGUUUUGUAUUUUUUCAUUUGAGUGUUAUCAGAGCAAUAUGAUACCAGUGAGUUUUCAUUUCAACCUUUCUUUGAAUGUAUAAAGUGUCUUUUUUCCUAUUUCCCCUUGUACUUGCAUUGAAAUGAAUAUGAAAAUGCUAAAGUUUUCUAUAGGAAUUGUUUGAUUUUGCAGUGCUAAAAUGCUUUCUUCUUACAAAACUGUAAACCAUAGGUCAGUAUUAUAGGAGAAAAGCAUUUUAAGAUAGUGACAAUCUGAGUGUUUGUAUAAAAUGUAAUUCUAUGCGUUUCUUAUGUGAUCUAAAAAUUCAAUGCAAAUAUCUUUUAUUUGGUAGUUUUGUCUACAUAUUUUAUGCUCUAGCAUGUGCAAUAUAUCUUUGUAAAGCACGAUGAUACAAAUCUGGUGCCAGUGUUAUAUUUUGCAUAACAUAUUUGUAACAGCAUAAAAUAUUGUUUGAUGAUUUCAGUGGGAUUUUGUCUAUAAUGUUUUCAUAUGUAAAUUGGAGUUGAAUGACUGGUAAAUGUCAUGACUGUAAAAAUGGGGAAAAUGACUUUUAGUUCAGUGAAUGACUUUGAACCAAUCUGAAUCUUCUCAAGCACAGUUUAAUACUUUUGCAACUACUGAAUGCUCUAAUAACAUAACGAAGUACUUAACUGUAAUAUACUAUGGAAAUGCAUUCAGAUGGUUAUUUUUACAAAUAAAAACGGUACACAUAUUGUUG